CCUACCUACACCCUUCACACACCCUCCAUACCCUCUUCUACACCUACCUACACCCUUCACACACCCUCCUACACCCACAGGAACACAACACACAAAGUAACAACUGGAUCCACCAUGCCACACACCUGAGCUCAACAGAUUGUGUUGACGUUGAUGAUGAGCUCAGGGAGGAGACUACAGGAGACACGACGAAUACCUCACACGAGACUGGUGGUGCAGGAGGCGGUAGUGAGUCAUCGUCGUCUACUACCACUGCCGCAGGAGGAGAUAUGGGUGUUACAGCUCCUGCCAGGGUAGAAUCUGAGGGACCUUCACCUCCGUCAGUAGAGAGCACUAGCUGUAGCACCUCACACCAGGACGUCGGGAGGAGUAGUGAUGAUGGUGUUGGGAGACCUCACAGUCCCUCUCACAUCCCUCCUCGACCUCCUCACAUCCCUACAGCGCCCCAGAUAAACGACAGGAUCGGUACACACGCUGGCCAGGACCCGGGAGAUGUGUCGACCCUUCCUCAACACACACACAGACACACCACCCUCACAGCUCUAAGCGAACGUCUGGCGAUGGGAAAGCCAGUCAAGCGUAAACUGUGGCAGGUGAACCACGAACAGGUGAAGGAGGAGCUGGAGGAGGAGCUGGUUCGAGUGGAGGAGGAGGAACAGAGAAGAUUUCGCACCAGGUGGAAGGAGAUCAGUCCGGAAUACACCCUUAAUGGCCCAACUUUCUACUACAGCAAGGUUGUGACAGCGAGAGGUGAAACGGUAAUACCUGGUCGGCCGGUGUGUAGUGCCCCUUCUGCCUCGCCUCCCGGAGAUAUGAAGCUAAUUCACCGAGAAGCCAAAAGACGUAGAAUCCAAUCGCCACCAUUUCCUCCUGUAGAAGAGUCUACUGUCUCUCAGGACGUCACCGGCAGGAUACUUCGGUCUACUCCUGAAGACUCUCAACGACAUAGGCCAUCACAACCAAAGAUUUCUCCUCCUCCUCCUCCUGCCGAAGAAGUCACCGAGACACACGUCAGUACUCCUGUUACUUUCUCAGGGCACGUCAGCGAAGUAACAUCAGAAAGGACGACCUGUAGUGUGGCCUCCUCCUCCUGCGCCUCCUCCAGAAGUAAUAACAAGGAUGCCUCAGGCCCUUCAGAAUCCCCCUGUAAUGACGAAGGGGCUUUAAAAACCAUCAAGAGCUCUAGUAACGUCGUCGCCUCCUACAGCAGUAAGGCUGACGGUCAAAAAUGUAGGGAAACUCCCCCACACAGCACUACAACAACGCCUGAUGACAGCAGAAUAACAGGAGAAGCCACAACACCUCCAGCGCCUCCUUCAGGUACACCUUCACCAGACGUCACCACCCCGAAACAAACCCUCGACUUGUCCACAUCGUCUAAGUCCUCCUCGGGCGUGUCUUCGGCAGAGUCAACGCCCUCAGAGGAUGUCACGCCCACGCCCUCGGAGGAUGUCACGCCCACGCCCUCGGAGGAUGUCACGCCCACGCCCUCGGAGGAUGUCACGCCCACGCCCUUACAGGAGACGAGGGUAACCCGAAGGUCCUCCAGGCAAGACCGUAUGAGGAGACAACAGAGACCAGGAGACACCCCCAGGAGAUAUUUAAGAAUGUGAUCUACCAUUAAGUAACCCUGGUUAAGAAAGUCAACGAGUGGUGUAGUUUGUAUUCUUCUAUCUACCUGUCACGUCUACCUAUCAUAUAUAUCUACUUGUCACAUUACAGGUCUAUCUACCUGUCAUAUAUAUCUACUUGUCACAUUUGAGUGUUACACCCUUCACAGCUUUCCUUCAUGCCUGGUCACAGUUUUCAUUUUAUAAUUUUCUCACAAUUUGAAUAGUUUUUAGUGAAUGCAUUCGAAUAAUUUACGAUUUUUACUCCUACUUUUUACAAUUAAUAGUUUUUAGUGAAAGUAUUCCAAUAUUUUACAAAGCCAAAAAUCAAAACGAUGGCUACAAAGACUUUUAAAAACGGUGUUACUUUCCAAUAAUGUUUGUUAGGAGAGAUGAAACUAACAGUGUUAACUUAUUACAUGUUAAAAAAAUAAAUAAACAAAUUGUUAACUUAGAAAUUAUCAGAAACUUUCAAUAUAUUUUACUUAAUGUUUGAAAAAUAAAUAACAGAUUCUAUAUAACUUUUCUUAUUACUACUUUCACUACUUUUAAUAUAUAUUUUAACCACCAAUAUUUUUACUUACAAUAAAUUUUAAUGAUUAUUGGUUUUGCUGUAGAAUGUGUGUAUGCUUGUCGUAUAAGAACAACAUUGUGUGUGUAUGUUUGUAAUAGAACAACAACAUUCAACAUUGUCCUUACUUGCUUAUGGGAGACAUUCACAAACAACAAGUAACAAACACACACACACACACACACACACACACACACACACACACACACACACACACACUAUUUAUAAACAAAAAUGGUAUAUUUUUUUUUACACAACCCUGAUUUAUGAUAAUUUUGGUUAGGUUAGGUUAGCUCCAUGUGUUGUUAACUUAAUUGUAUGGGUUUAGUCAUUGGUUUAAGCUGUUGUAUUUUAUUGUAGUGUAUUUUAUUGUAUUGAUGUCGUAGUGUAUGAGUCAGGUUCAUAUUACUGGAUAUUGUAUUCGCUGUUGUAUUAUGUACUGUAUUGUUGUUGUAUUAUAUUUCAUUUGAUUUUAUUGCUAUUGUAUUGUAGUGUAGUGUAUUGCAUGGUGUAUGGGUUGAGUCAGGUUCACAUUACUGUAUAUUGUAUU